AUGCUACCUCUCGCUUGGGUCUGUCUCUCGUUCUUUGCAGUCGCCCAUGCUGCAGUCGUCAACUCCACCAGUGUCAAAACCUCUGAAGUGGUUCACGCAGUGACAACUUCCAAAGUCAUCAGUGCAGUAUCAACAAGAAUCGUCACUGCCACCGAUACCGUCACCGACUUCUCCACCGACGUUGUCUGGGUGUCUGCGCCUUACACUGUCACUUUGGUCAAAGAUGAAAAGAAUGCUAUAAUUUCUACUGAAAAUUAUCACUCCUCAGAAUCCUUAUCUUCUUCUUCUUCUUCUUCUUCUUCUUCUUCGUCAGCAGCAGCAGCAGCAACAGCAUCUACUUCCUCAGUAUCGGUAUCACAAAUCCCAAAAAUCACUACCUACAAAACCGACUAUGUGCCAGUCACUUACUCCACCAUCAAAGUGGUGACCGUCACCACCGAUGUUGGGUCAGUUAAAAAAACCGUUAUUGCAACUUCAACCUUCACAAAAACCACUACCAGUGGGUUCCGUAACGCUACCACCAUCUACUCCAACACCACCAUCACCCCUCAUGCUACUUCUAACACCACCUUGACCAAGUCCAAUUACCUAAGAAACAAGAACCAUACCAUCACCUCCACUUCCAAGACCACUUCUAAGACUUCUUCUUCAUCUUCUAAGUCAUCUUCAUCUUCCAAAACUUCUUUAUCUUCCAAAACUUCCUCAUCUUCCAAAACUUCUUCUUCCUCAUCCUCAUCCUCACACACCCCAUCGGCUACCGUGGGUAACGGGGUGGUCCCUUCAUCCAUUCUUGGCUACACUUAUAGCGGGAUUUCUCCCGUCACCACCAAAGACGAAGGCAACAACAUCCUCACCAAGAUCUGGGACCUGUUCUGGAAAAACAACGGGCUCAUCACCAGCACCGUCUGUUCUGGCUCCCUGGGGUCAGCCCCAGCAGUAUGGGCAGUCUCGGUGGCAUUACAAGCGUUUGUCGAUGGUGAAAAGGUGAACUCCUCUGGCAAAUACACCUCGCAAAUCUCGCAAAUCUAUGGGUUCCUCAUGACCUAUUAUAACGCCAAUAAAAAAGGGUUUUCCGCGUCGCAAGCCAAAGAUAACGAUAUCUAUUACGACGAUAACGCCCAAGUGGCCACCGCGCUUAUCAACGCUUACGAAACCACCAAAAACUCCACUUAUCUCAGCCGGGCUGAAGACGUGGUGCUGUUCCUCAUGGGGGGUUGGAAUUCCACUUAUGGCGGGGUCACUUGGCACUUGGGGUCCCCGUAUAUUGCCCUGAUCCUGACCACCGAAACCGCGUUGGCGUGUCUUAGAUUAUACCUGCACCACCAACAGAAUAAAACCUACCUUGACUUCGCGGAGAAAUCCAUGGUAUGGCUCCACCAAACCCUUUGGGACAAUUCCACCAACCUUAUUUUCGACGGGGAAACCGGCCACAGUAUUGGGAAAGACGAGUUCUCGUAUCAAGUGGGGACCGCGCUCGCAGCGUGUGUCAAGUUAUACAAUUUCACCAAGAACCAACAAUGGAAAACCUUAGCCGAGGCAUUGGCCAAGUCGGGGACCGAUAAUCAAUUGACGAUCUAUAAUCGUGAUUACGAUAACCACUACCGAUUCUGGCGCGAUGGGCUUGAUUUCACCCAGUUGUUGUUCGAAGGGAUGAUUGAAUAUUAUCAAGACAUCGACAAGAACGUGAACAUUGUCAAUGAGGUGGCCAGAGAAGCUCGUUUCGUGUAUGAUUUCUCAAGAAGUGAUAAAGAUUCCAUGUAUUUCUCCUCGGUGAACCCUUUGGGUAACGAUGAUACAAUUUAUAAAAGAUGGCGCACCGUUACCAACACCACCAAAUCAGAAAGUUUGAAUAAGGAUAAUUUCUGCAGUAAGGACACCAAUGGCACCCCAAUUAGAAGUUUGAUCGAUGAAGGCUCCGCCGCAAGAAUCUUCUUGUUAUCUUCGAUGAUUGUGAAGACUAUUUGA